CUGCUCCGCACAUGACACAUACACACACACAUGAUCGUGGAGUAUAUGUCAAAAACGGAUACCUUAGUCAAAAGUUCGCUGGCGCAACACUCUGCAUUAUUUCCGAACGAUUUUCGAAAUCAGAGGCAAGAGAAUGGCGGAUCCUAAAUACGCUGAUUUACCCGGAAUUGCGUACGACCAGCUUGACGUUUACGAGACGAGCGAUUUGCCGGAAUCGGAGCAGAUGCGGAUGUACUGCGAGGAUGAACCGGACAGCUCUUGCGUGGAGCAGCUGCACAUCAGUGCCAAGGAGGCGUUCAACAAGUUUAAGGGCAAGCAGAUCGUCGGGAAGCCGGUUGAUUUCUCAGAUCGUCUGUCCAACAAGCCAAGGACGGGAUACAAAUUCGGCGAUUGGGAGCUCGUUGGCGAGGGCGAGAAGGAAACUCCUCUGCAGAAGUUCCAACGACUGCAAUGCGAAGUCAAGGAAUUGUACGAAGAGGUGAACGAGUUAAAGGAAAAAUCCAAGGACGAGGAAGAGAUCAAAUCCGCGAGCGAGAUCAUUUCUCAGGCGCGGCAGAUAGAGAAACAGUUGGUCUCUCUGAAGCUGGAAGAGUGUCUGGGGCCUGACGUAGUUGCGAGUCUGUCGGAUCCACAAGGCACUAUACUUAAACAACUGGUGUCGCAGAUAGAAUUGUUCAAGCAGACCAGCGUGCCUUCGACCAAAUCAUCGGGGAGUAAAAAGACAAACGAGCCAGCCGAGCCUGGUGUCCUUAAGUAUCAGAUGAUGUACUUACCGGAAAAGGCGAGGAUGCAGGAAGCCGCUAGGAUCGCAGAGCUGGAGCAGCGACUUUGCUGUCUGGAGAAUAUCAUAGGAACGAGUAACGACAAGCUUUCGAAAUUCUCGCAGAAUCUUAAGUGUCAGGGCGUAAUGGAAGCCGUGCAGCAACUGGAGGCGAAGGCUUCGUUGUUAGAUGUCAAUCAAUUGGACACCAUCGAAACGAGAUUAGGCACUUUGAUUUACCGGAUGGACAGUAUCGCGCAGAAGAGGGCAACGACGGAACAGGAAUCGGAGCAAGAGCAAAAGAUCUCGGAGAUGUAUGAAAUAAUGAAGAAAACGGAUGCUAUAUCGCAAAUUCUACCGCAAACGGUAGAAAGGUUAUUGGCACUGAGUGACAUUCAUCAGCAAGCCGCUGCCUUCAGUAAAUCUCUAAUAAAAUUAGAGGAACUGCAAGUAGAAAUCUCGUCGGGACUAGAAAGCAACAAGUCUCUGCUGAAGGGAGUGCAGGAAAGUUUUGCGUCUAACAUGGAGGUUAUAAAAAGCAACGUAGCGUUGCUCGACGAGCGUAUCAAAAAACUCAACAAAUCGCGAAAGUAGAGGUAGUGGAUCUAGUUAAAGCGCGCAAUUAGGUUGAUUUAUAAGAUAAAGAUCGCUUUACUCGGAGCAUUUAUACCUCCAUCGAGUUAAACUGUUUAUUUAAUGUUAUUCAUAUAAAUUCUAUAUAUUUUGCUUCAUACCACAGAUCACAGUUCUUAAAUAUCCUACUAGUAUUAUAUAUUUAAUUUUUACGAUAAUCACUGAAAUAACAGGAGCCUACUGAAAUCGUUUAGAUAUACCAAUGCACAAACGCAAGAAACAUAACUUCGUAUAUGAUAUAAAACACGCAAAUUAAAAUAAAGCUGGAAUUUCAGUUUAAAAAAA